GUCAUUGGUGCUGAUGAUCUUAGGUUGCCCCUCUAGUGCCGUCGUCUUCUGACUUGAAUCUUUUCGGUUCUUUACGGUGCUACGAUCCGUCAGGCCUUUACCUUCGUGAGGAACCCUCCCAGUAAUUCUCCUUCUUCAGUCCAGUACUUUUGAAAAGAAACUUCGCAAAAAUGGCACGGGAACCGGGAAAGUUCAACGAGGAUCAAAUGGAAGAGUUCAAGGAAAUCUUCAACCUCUUCGACAAACAAGGAGAUCACAAAAUUCCCAGCACAGAUGUAGGAAACGUCUGUAGGUGCAUCGGUCACAACCCAACACAGGCAGAAAUCAAGAAACUGAUAGGAACUGCUGAUGAAUACGUACGCUUUUCAUUUGAAGAGUUCCUUCCCAUGUUGAUAGCCGUCGCAAAAAGUAAAGACGUUGGUCAAUUUGAGGAUUACUUGGAAGGUUUGAAGGUGUUCGACAAGGAGGCCAAUGGUCUGAUUUCAGCAGCUGAGAUGCGCCACGUCCUCACAGCACUCGGUGAGAAGCUUACAGAUGAGGAAAUGGACGUUUUGAUGGCUGGCCAUGAGAAUGAAAGAGGGAUGAUUAAUUAUGAAGACUGGAUCAAGUCUAUAAUGGUAACACUGGAGCAAUGAAGAGUCCAUUCCUUAUUGUUCAGCGGUAGCAUUAUAUGCGCAGUUGGAAUCAACAACAACAACGUCAUUCUCAAGAAUUCUCUGGUUGACUCUUUGCAAAAUGUCUUCAUCUUUUUUUCACAUUGUGGUUUUUCUUUUCUUUACGUAAUCAAUUGAAUACCUUUCUCUGUUUCAAACUUUUCAGUAAACAACAUCUCAAAAGCGUUCUUAAAUAUAGAAGUAUAUUUAAAACUCAUUGUAGACAUUUUUUAGGACAAAAAAAAACAAAACGUUAGAUUGUGCAAUUGUAGUGAGUAGUAUAUUCUAUUUAUGUAUCUUUACAACUUUGGUAUAGCUUGUGUGUGCCAAACUAUGUUUUUGUUUAUAACGAGUGUUUAAAGAUUGUAUGAAUUUGGCUUAAGGUUUAAAAUACACGAUGGGUGUAUCAAAUAGUUUAUACUCUUGUACAUAAACUAUAAUUCUUUACUUGAAAAAAAUAAACUCUUCGUUAGCGGGAACAUGAAGAGAAAAAAAUGUCAAGUUAUUUUUUACCGUUGCAUAAUGUUAAUGUACCAUUUUGUAGUUUGAGGUGCAACAUCUUCAUGUGCAUAUUCAACAGGUUAAUUUAUAUUCAUAAUGCCGGGUUAUAAUCAGCUCUGUUCAUUGUGCGUAUAAAAUUAUACUAUGAGUUAUUUGCAUAUUCAUGUACUAUUUCAAACUCAUGUCGUUGGAAUGUUUUUUGACAAACUGGGUUUAGUUUUGCGAAAGUCACUGAUCAAAAACAACUUCGUCAUAUAGAUCAACCCUGCUGAAAAAAGUCAUUUCUUAUAAAUUCUCAUGACUUUUUCACUUUGAAUCAAAUGUUGUGGUCAUAAUACAUCAUCGAAUAAAAUGGAAAGUGAGCACACAAUUUUGAACCGGUUUGAAGUCAGUUAUGUGCAUACACAAACAGUAAUUUUGUACGUUGCUGUUGUCCUUGGUUUUUGGAAGCAAAAAUCAUUAGGUGAUGAGCAUCAAUUCAUAAAGUCUAAACAAUAUUUUGGGAUUAAUUUGGUCUCGAAUGAUUUUAUAAGUGACAACUCCAUAAGGCGCUGUCACGUAUUAUGCACAUGGGCUGGCACAACUCUUAUAGGCUUUGGCACUGGUCGCUAUUAUAAUUCUUGCAGAUCAGGGAUUAUGCCUAUAUCGUAAAGUAAGUUAAAACAACAUAAAUUUCUCACAAUAAUGUCAUUAUAUAACAGGGACUGGAUCUUUGCUUUUAAUUACCCGUUAUUUUGGUCUUGUGUGGUACGCCAUCAGAUACAACAUGCAAUAAACUCUUAAUUUUACAUUUCA